UCCAUUAUUUACCAGUAGGUUGUAUCAAACCUUUCGACUAACCAUAGCUUUACACAGUUAAAAAGUGUUGCUAUAAAUCACCAUGUCUGGAUACCUGGUCAGCAAAGACGAGUUCCGGCAGGCCGUAACCAGCAACGGUUUCCCGCAGCCGACGGACGCCCAGUACGAGAGUUUCGCCAAAGGCGCUCCCAACGGCAAAAUCACCAGCCGCCGCGAGCUGGCCAUGUUCCUGGCCAACAUUCUCCACGAAUCCGGCGGACUGCGCUACAAGAAGCAGAUCUCGCCCCAACCGGAGUACGAGAAGUACUACGGACGCGGCUACAUGCAGCUGACGUGGGAGGACAACUACCGCAAGGCCUCGCAGGCGCUGUAUCACGAUGACCGCUUGGUGGAGAACCCAGACCAGGUGGCUGACGACGAGGACAUCGCCUGGGCCACCGCCUACUGCUACUGGGGCGCCGCCGUGCACAACUAUCCCUGGGUGGGAGAGGGGAAAUUCGGAGCGAGCAUCAAGGCGAUCAACGGCAAGGAAGAGUGCCCGGCGAGGUGCCUAUCGAAUCCGGAUGCUACAAUUAGGCUCUGGCGCCUAACAUUUCUUCAUACUAGAUAGCGAAGAGUUUGAUUUUAUACUUCCGGCAGUUUUUCCAAUACUGUUUGUUUUAGCAUAGAUUUAACCUGGCCGUAAAAUUUCACCGAGUUUAUUCUUGGAAUAUUUUCAUGUGGAUAUGUUAUGGAUGAAUGGUUUUACGGUAACGACCUGUUUACGUAGCAACACGCCUAUAAACUGCGAAACCAUG